AGGAAGCAGUAAAGGAUUGCCUUGGAGAGAAGGAAAGUAUUGCAUUUUAUUCCAUACAGAACCAGGAAAGAAAGAUACAGAACAUCUACAAGACCACAUCCUCAGAUAAAAGCAUCUAACCACAGAUUUUCCUCUUCUCACUACUCAAAAAAGAUGGAUCUUGGAGAAAUUGUUGUGGCUGAAAGUCCGGCUGAGAGGAACCUAUGUGCAGAGAAGCAGCCAAGAAGCCAGGAUGUGCUGGGGAGAAGUGGAAAACAAAUCCCCCAAGUUUUCAAGUAUCUCACAGGAGAAAUGAAAGAAUAUGGAGAGUGGAUGAAAAAUAAACCCCUCAUGUUUCAGCUGGUGGACUGGAUCUUGCGAGGCACCUCUCAAGUGAUGUUUGUCAACAACCCUCUCAGCGGGCUCAUCAUUUUAGUGGGGCUUUUCAUCCAGAAGCCAUGGUGGCUGCUGACGGGCUGUGUUGGAACUGUCACAUCAACGUUAACUGCUCUGGCUCUCAGUCAGGAGAGAUCAGCCAUUGCAUCAGGGCUGCACGGCUAUAAUGGGAUCCUGGUGGGAGUGCUCAUGGCUGUCUACUCGGAUAAGGGAGAUUACUACUGGUGGCUUCUUACCCCUGUGGCAGUUAUAUCCAUGGCCUGUCCAGUCCUGUCCAGUGCUUUGGGAUCUAUUUUCAGUAGAUGGGACCUUCCUGUACUCACUCUGCCCUUCAAUACUGCGGUGACUUUGUACUUGGCAGCCACAGGACACUACAACCUUUUUUUUCCUACAACCCUCAUCAAGCCUGUAGCAUCGGUGCCCAAUAUCACCUGGUCUGCAAUCAAUGUGCCUCUGCUCUUGCAGUCCAUCCCAGUUGGUGUUGGUCAAGUGUACGGCUGUGAAAACCCCUGGACUGGAGGCAUCUUCCUUGUUGCUUUAUUCAUCUCUUCCCCACUUAUUUGCUUACAUGCUGCAAUUGGAUCUACAGUUGGAAUGCUUGCAGCACUGAGUAUUGCAGCACCAUUUGACAGCAUCUACCUUGGCUUACACAAUUACAAUUGCGCUCUCGCAUGCAUUGCAAUUGGAGGCAUGUUCUAUGCCCUGACCUGGCAGACUCAUUUGCUGGCCCUUGCUUGUGCAUUGUUUUGUGCCUACUCUGGAGCAGCUCUUACUAAUGCACUAUCUGUGCUUGGACUACCACUCUGUACAUGGCCUUUUUGCUUCUCGGCGCUUCUCUUUUUGCUGUUAACCUCAGACAACCCGGACAUCUACAAAAUCCCCCUCUUCAAAGUCACCUACCCGGAAGCAAACAGGAUCUACUAUCUGAGAAUGAAGAGAAGAGCAUCAGAAAGCAGAAGAGAAGAGCAGAAGCGAAAGGAGCAGGAACCUUCUGGCGACUCAGGAAUAAGCACAGGUGGCACUCCUUUGUGCACCCCCAAAAACAGUCGCAAUCACUGAUUUCAAAUGCCCAGGAGUUAGCAGUUCCUGAGCAGUUGGUUGGAUGCAGCAAAUAUAACCUUCAGCAGCAGCCUGUAAGCCAGGGAUUCAGCACUGCCCUUUCUGGAUAAAAUACAAUUUGCCCUUGAGGCAAGCUUUCCAAAAAGCACUCAGGUAACAUAAUAAUGGCUGUCUUAUCAAUCCACAUGUUGUUAACUUGAAAGCCACCUCUUAUCAACAAUAAUUAUAGGAAUAGGCAGAAGAACAUAAACACUGACAAGGAGCUGUAUUUAAUUUUAGAUGUGUAAUUUAACAAAAUAAAUAUGCCGAGAGGGAGCUGGUAUCUAAUAAUAAUAAAUAAUGUAAGAAGUACAUUA